AUGUUCUGGCCAAUAUCAGGAGAUGAAUUUUUACCUUCUAAUCCCGAGUCUAUUGUUUCGAGUGGAGGUGUUGAUCCAAAUAUUAACGUUCUAUUGGGAACUGUUGGUAAUGAAGGAGCUUUCAUGUUGAUACUCAAAGAUCCGAUUACUUUCCAUCCAAUUAAUCCAUUGAAUUUAACUCUACCUCAUGCAAAGUAUAUCUUUGGAAAACUUUUUGGUAAAUCGCUGAUAAAUUAUUAUUCUGAUAGAUAUUUGGCUAAUGUAGAUCCAAAUGAUUCUGAUAAUAUACGAUUAGCUGUUAGUCAAGCUCUAGGAGAUACAAUUCUCACUUGUCCGACUUAUGCUUUCGGUAGAGAUUUAGUCAAUUCUGGAUCAACUAAUGUAUAUGCUUACUAUCAAUCUCAACGACCAUCUCAGUCACUGCUUCCAAUUGCAACGCCAAGUAAAUGGCUACCUGCAAGUCAUGGUGAUUGUAUCCCAAUGGUGUUUGGUCUCCCUCUUUUGAGACCCAAAAGUUACACUACCGAUGACACAAUAUUGUCCAUGAUCAUGAUGGACACUUGGGCUACUUUUGCACGUGGAGGUAAACCCUCAUCAAUUGGACAGCAGUUAUGGUCACCUUGGAGUGACCAUUCAUAUAAGACGAUCGUAUUAGAUGCAAAUAAAAUUGGUCUAAUGAAUCUCAGCCCGUUGAAUUUUGCUUCAAAAAUUGGCCUUUCCCUCUCGUCAGUCGAUAUCCAAUGGUACUUGAACCUGGAGUAUUUUCCAAGAUUGAAGAUAAUCAACAUAGUGAACUUUAACUAUCAACCAUAA